AUGUUCUCUAAGCCUGGCAGCAGCGCGGCCAGCGAUCCCCACACGCUUAAAUCCGGGCGUGCGCAGUGCUACGCGGCCCGCGACGCGUUCUACCAGUGUGUGAGGGAGUGCGGUCAGCUGUACACGAUUGGCUCGGACGUGCCCAGCAAGUGCACCAAGCUCAGGGCUGCGUAUGAGGGCACGUGCCUUCCCAGCUGGGUGAAGCACUUUGACGAGCAACAGACCCAGGAGGCUAGAGCAGCCAAGCGGCUGCACACGGCUAUACAGCACAAGGCCAGCACGGCUGCAGGCAACCUGUCGGGCGCUGCCCAGCGCUGA